GAGAGAUGACAUCCUGAAAAACAGACAGAGAGCGAGGACGACGCGAGCGACGCCGGAGACGCCGGCGCUACAACCUGACGAAACGUUGCGCCGAUUGUCGUCCGCCGGUGGUGGGGGAAGCGCGCUCCGCGUUGUCAGUCACUCAGUCAACGGAGGCCCUGCAUCCGAGAAGGACGCUCUUCAUUGUCCGCGUUGACAUUCGCGCCAAAUCGCGGUGUGCCGUGCCGGGCGACUGUGACGAGUGCGAGCCAUGAGCCCUCGGGCCGAGGCGCGUCCGAGGUGCCGGUGCUGUGCAGUGCGACACUGAUUGUUCCAUUGGUUUUGCGCUUGUGCUGAGUUCUCGACAUGAACUAGUGGGUUCCUCAACGACGCCAACAUUUUGCGAAAACUGACCGCGCGAGAGGGCAAAAUGCCGAGACGCAAGCAGGAUUGCCCCAAAAGGAUGAAAUGGGAAGGCGGCGAAGAAGGUUCUCCCGAAGAAGGCGAUAAACUGGAAGGCGACGAGGACACCGGGUCUAUGACGCCCACUUCGGCCGCAUCGCCCGUGCCUCCCGAGGAAGAAGCGACGUCGCCGACGCCCGGGGACGUCCCGACGCCUUCUAGUCCGCGCUCCGUCAACGAAGAUCCACUAAACUGCAGGGAUUUACCCACCUCCCGGUGCAACUCUCGCGAUUCGGCGGACUCCCUGGUGCAACCCCGUUGUCCGUCUGGCGAGUCCAUGCUGUCGGAGCGCGCCGCCCUCCUGCGGGGAGUCCCCAUGGCCGCCUCCGCCCUCAGCCCGGUGGGGGUGACCCUGCCGGCGACCCUUCCGGCCGCGGCGGCGGCCGCCCUGCUGCCGCCCCAGACCGCCGCCAUGGCAGCCUACCUCAACGCGGCGGCCGUCGCGGCGGCGGCCCAGCAGUCGCACCGCCUCAUGAUGACGUCGCCGUCGAGUUUCCCCAGAGCUCCCAUCUCUCCGCUGGUGUCGUCUUCCUCGUCUCCGCCGGGGGUGCUCCACGCCGUGGACGCGUCCAUGCACUCUCCCCCCGGCGACGGCAUCCUAGACUUUAGUAAACGUGGCCAAAAAAGUGACGCUGAUAGUGACUCGGACGUGGUGAACUUGAGCAAGCCGGGCACUCCGCCGGCCGGCGAGCCCGGGAACGGGCCGCUGGAUUUGAGCGUGAGCAGCAGGAAGCGCACCUCCGACGACGGCGUCGCGCAACCGCCGAACCGCAAGGCGCGCACCGAGUUCAAACCGCAGCAAGUAUUACCGCAGUGGCCGUCGCCGAUUGGAGCGUCGCAUCUGCCGUACUUCGCGGCGGCGGUGGCGGCGGCGUCGACUUUGUCGCCCAAGUCGAGCGGCUCGCCGGACCUGUGGAACGGGAAGCUGAAGCACGGGACGCCGACGCCGAGCGACGCCACGAAAGCGCUGGAGAAGAUGAGCGAGUUGAGUAAGCUCGGGGGCGAGGAUUUGUUCCGGAGCAUGGCGAACGCCGCCCCCGGCAACUCCGCCAGUAACAGACACAGCGCUUGGCAGUCGCACUGGUUGAACAAAGGGGCCGAGCAGGCCAAAGACGUGUUGAAGUGCGUGUGGUGCAAGCAGAGCUUCCCGAGCUUGGCCGCGAUGACGACCCACAUGAAGGAAGCCAAACACUGCGGCGUCAACGUUCCCGUCCCUCCGAUGCAAUCUCAGAUCAUCAAUCCGCAGCCUCAGAUAACGUCGCCGUCGAACACCAACACGAGCACUUCUUCGACGAACUCCACGAAGCCAAAUGCGUCCGAUCUCAACAUGCUGAUCAAGGAGACGAUGCCGCUGCCGAGGAAGCUAGUGCGCGGACAGGAUGUGUGGCUGGGGAAAGGUGCGGAACAAACGCGCCAGAUACUCAAGUGCAUGUGGUGCGGGCAAAGCUUCAGAAGUUUAGCCGAAAUGACGAGUCACAUGCAGCAGACGCAGCACUACACCAACAUCAUCUCGCAGGAGCAGAUCAUCUCGUGGCGGUCGUCGGACGACGCCAAGGGCGGCGGCGGCGGGGGCGGUUCGAGCAGCAACCAGCCCCCGGGCGGCCCCAGCAGUCACGUCAGCGCCGUUCUCACGUGCAAGGUUUGCGAUCAGGCCUUCAGUUCCUUGAAGGAGUUGAGUAACCACAUGGUUAAAAAUUCGCACUACAAAGAGCACAUAAUGAGGUCGAUUACUGAAAGUGGAGGCCGACGAAGGCAAACGAGAGAGAAACGCAAGAAGUCGUUGCCUGUCCGGAAAUUAUUGGAGUUGGAAAGAGCUCAGCACGAGUUCAAGAACGGCGAUAGUGGAAGUUUGAUUGAAAAAAUGCGAGAUCCAUCGGGAGCAGGCCGAAUAACUUGCGAAAAGUGCGGAAAUAAAAUUGAAACUUCGUUGUUUGUGGAUCACAUACGGCAGUGCGUGGGAGGAGGUACCAUUGGAAGCAAUCAGAGGAAUUUCUUAAAGAAUGCGUUGAUGUCCAAUAAUAUUUUACCGCCGGAGAGUCCGACCAGAGAUAAGCCUAAGCAAGUCAACGAUAAGUCUCCUUCGCCGCAGCAACGAUCUCCCUCCGUCACCGAUCUCAGUACUAACAAAGACGGAGCUGCGGUUCCCGAAAGCAACAACGGCUCGUCGCCCUCCGUACUCAACGCGAUCGAAAAACUGAUAGAGAAGAGUUUCGAUUCGAGAUCUCGCCAAAAUUCGUCUUUUCCGGGUCACGGCCCGGCGACAGCCCCGAUGGGUUCCAGUAUCUUAAAGCGACUAGGGAUCGACGAAAGCGUAGAUUACACGAAACCGUUAGUGGACGCUCAAACGAUGAAUCUGUUGCGAAGCUAUCACCAGCAACAGAGCCACCACUACGGUAGACGCGAGAGGAGCGGCAGCGAAUCCAGCUCGAUUUCGGAGCGGGGCAGCAGCCGGGUGGACUCCUUGACGCCCGAACGAAAGAUGGAGCCGCCCGGAGUACCCAUGAACAGCACUCCGCGCUCCACCCCCGACAAACGAGACAAAUCACCGGCUUCCGAGAAAGCCGCCGCCGACCACGACGGCGACCUCCUCAUAAAAAAAGAGGUUGACGACGACGAAAGACUCGAGAAUCAUAGCGUUAGCAUUAAGCGUGAAGCCGAAGACCGCGACGAAGACGAGCGGAGUUUUCACAGUAACGGUCCCAAGGACGACGACGACGACAAGCGAUCGGGGACUCCUAUGGCGAGUCCUCGGCAGCCCGUGGAGCCGCACCCCAGCAGCCCCUGUCGGAACAGUACCAGUCCUGCCAGCAGCGACCGCUCCGGGACUCCCCGGAGCACCAACGGCGACCGGAAGCCCGGCGGCAGCUUGGGGGCGUUGAGCUCCAUGUUCGACAGCUUGUCGGGCAACAACUCCGCGAGCGACGCGGGGCCGCCUCCCGGCGGCAAGAGGGGCUCGAGUCAUCCUCUGGCAGCCUUACAAAAACUAUGUGAUAAGACUGAAACCCACACGAACAACCGAACACAUUCUGCGACAUCCAAUUCUAACGUUAGCACCAACGCGAACAAUAUUCCAUCGAACGCCGGGACGACGCCGGGGGCGAUCUUGGCCUUCAGCUGGGCGUGCAACGACGCGGUGAUGACGUCGGAUUCGAUCAUGAAGUGCGCGUUCUGCGACACCCCGUUCAUCUCGAAGGGGGCGUACAGGCAUCAUUUGUCGAAGAUGCACUUCGUCAAGGACGGGAUGAUCCCGGAUCCGGUGGCGCUCAAGUCGUCGCAGCAGGGGUCGAGCUCGUCCGGCGAGGGGGUGCCGCUGAAGGGUACCGGGGUGGCGCCGCCGAGCUCGGCGAGCACGCCGGGAUCCACCGGGAGCAAGAGCCCGCCGGUUCCGCCCGGGUUCGAGGAGAGCCCGCAUUCGAAGUUUCUCAAGUACACGGAGUUGGCCAAGCAGUUGUCUAGCAAGUACGUGUAAAUAGUGCGUGUGCAGAACAUUCCUAUUUUGUAAAGUAUAGUCUCGAAGGCAUGGCCGCUGUGAGCGGUUUAAUAUUGUGAUGUUAUCAUAUCGUCAACCAUAGUAAUAACGGUAGCUAUAGUGAUAUUAUAUUGUAAAUUGAUAGCGGAACUACAAAUUCUCAAGUGAUUAUGAUUGUUAUACGAAUUUUAAGUCACAAAAAUCCUGUAAAUACUAACGAUUAAGUCAGUAUUGUAAGAUGUAUACUUUGAGGGGGCAGCCACCGUCGGUCAGUUUUUGCCAACAAUUUAUUUACUGAUAGAUGUGACAUGUUGUAAAAAUGUAAGGUAGUUUUUUGAUGGACGGUGGUGGCGGACCGGUGCAAGUUCGGCCCUUUGUCGUUUAGAAAAUAAAAAUGAAACUAAAUUAGUUGUUGGUGAAAAAUAAAUCGUACUUUUGGGAGUAUUGAAAAUUCGUAUUCAAAAUGUAGUUGUGGUACCACUGAUUUCAUUCAUCAUGGAAAGAACCUAUUUAUUAAGUACGAAUAUUGUAAAAGUUUGAAAUGAAAUUACACAAACACUACGUAUACGUAUAUCGUAAAUAUCUCAUCUUCCAAGAAAGUUUUUAAAUAAAUAUUUAUCAAUAAUUAUACUAUACUGAAUAAUACAAAAGAUGUAUACGCAUUAGCUGAUAUUCAUGGCAAA